GAAGCCGUCUCCGCCAGCCAAGAAACCAGCAAAGAUAUUUCACAAUGGAUGUAGACGAUGAAGAAAACAUGAGUUCGAGCAGCACCGACAUUAAAGAAAACCGCAAUGUGGACAACGUUCCCCCCAAGGACAGCGCCGGGCAGGGCCUUGGCGAGGGGACCCCGCUCUCCAACGGCGGCGGCAGCAGCAGCAGGAAGAGGCCUCUGGAGGAGGGCAACAAUGGCCACUCCAAAUUCCGCCCCAAGAAGAGGAAGAAAACGCCCGGCCCCGUUCUGCCAAAGAACGCCCUGAUGCAGCUCAACGAGAUCAAACCCGGUUUACAGUACAAACUGCUCUCGCAGACGGGGCCCGUGCACGCCCCCAUGUUUGUGAUGGCGGUGGAAGUCAACGGGCAGGUGUUCGAGGGGUCUGGCCCGACAAAAAAGAAAGCCAAGCUCCACGCUGCCGAAAAGGCGCUGCGCUCCUUCGUGCAGUUCCCCAACGCCUCGGAGGCCCACCUGGCCAUGGGCAGGACUCUGUCGGUCAACACGGACUUCACGUCCGACCAGGCCGAUUUCCCCGACACGCUCUUCAACGGCUUCGAGACGCCCGUCCCUUCCGACGCUCCCUUCUACCUGGGCUCCAACGGGGACGGCUCCUUCGGCUCGGGCGGCGACUACGGGCUGCCGUCGUGCGCCGUGGCCAGCAGCCUGUCCCAGUCCCCCCUGCCCCCUGCCUCCCCCUACCCCACGGCCAGCGGCAAGAACCCCGUCAUGAUCCUCAACGAGCUGCGCCCCGGGCUCAAGUACGAGUUCCUGUCGGAGAGCGGAGAGAGCCACGCCAAGAACUUUGUCAUGGCCGUGGCCGUGGACGGACAGACUUUCGAAGGGUCGGGAAGGAACAAAAAGCUGGCGAAAGCUCGGGCUGCUCAGUCAGCCCUGGCUUCCCUGUUCAACAUGCAGCUGGACCAGACUCCCUCUCGGCAGCCCAUUCCCAGCGAGGGGCUGCAGUUACACUUGCCACAGGUGUUAGCUGAUGCUGUUGCACGCUUGGUUGUAGAUAAAUUCAGUGAUUUGACAGAAAAUUUCUCAUCUCCACAUGCACGUAGAAAAGUCCUUGCUGGAAUUGUCAUGACAACAGGUACAGAUGUGAAAGAUGCCCUGGUAAUAAGUGUUUCUACAGGAACAAAAUGCAUCAAUGGUGAAUACAUGAGCGAUCGUGGUCUUGCAUUAAAUGAUUGCCAUGCAGAAAUCAUAGCUCGGCGGUGUCUGCUGAAAUUUCUGUACACACAACUUGAGCUUUACCUAAGCAAUAAAGAAGAUCAGCAAAAAUCCAUUUUCAUCAGGUCAGAGCAAGGCGGGUUUAAGCUGAAGGAGAAUGUGCAGUUCCACCUCUAUAUCAGCACAUCUCCUUGUGGUGAUGCUCGGAUUUUCUCACCCCAUGAGGCAGCACAAGAGGACCAAGGGGACAGACAUCCAAACCGCAAAGCCAGAGGCCAGCUCCGGACCAAAAUCGAGUCUGGGGAAGGAACCAUCCCUGUGCGCUCCACCACCACCAUCCAGACCUGGGAUGGGGUACUGCAAGGGGAGAGGCUGCUCACCAUGUCCUGCAGUGACAAGAUAGCCAGGUGGAACGUAUUGGGUAUUCAAGGAGCCUUACUUAGCCUCUUUGUGGAGCCAAUUUACUUCUCUAGCAUCAUCUUGGGGAGUUUAUAUCAUGGGGAUCAUCUAUCCAGAGCCGUUUACCAGAGGAUAGCAGAGAUAGAAGAUCUACCACCUCUUUAUACACUCAACAGACCUUUACUUAGUGGUAUCAGCAACGCAGAGGCCCGCCAGCCAGGGAAAGCCCCCAACUUCAGUGUGAACUGGACAGUGGGUGACUCGGGCCUGGAGGUCAUUAAUGCCACCACGGGCAAGGACGAGAUGGGGCGCGCGUCGCGCCUCUGCAAGCACGCCUUCUACAGCCGCUGGAUGCGCAUCCACGCCAAGCUUUCCUCCAGCUUGCGCUCCAAGAUCCUCAAGCCCAACCUGUACCACGACACCAAGCAAGGAGCCACGGAGUACCAAACUGCUAAAGAGUGUUUGUUUAAAGCAUUCCUGAAGGCAGGACUGGGAGCCUGGGUGGAGAAGCCCAUAGAACAGGAUCAGUUUUCCCUCACAGUCUGACACACAAACUGCACAUCACUGGCGAAGGGGAGUUGUUCUGGAGAUUCCUGGUGUCCAGCGUUGCUUUCUGGCAUCUCCACAGCCGUCGAAACAUCUUUCUGCUCUUUGGAGUUGGGUUUCUUUGGGUUUUUUUUUGAAACUUCACAGUAGCUGUUUCUGUUUUGCCUAAGUAUUGAAACUCAAUGAUGAUGCAACACAUAAUUGUAUAUUUUGUUAUAGGAAAGUAAUUUCUGGUGUAUUUCUAGAAAUACUUUUACUGUAGAAAACUUGCAGUAAGGCUGUCCUUACUGUAUACAAUGACUCAUUUUUUCUGGGUUAAAAUAAUUUCUUUUUUAAUUCAAUGUCAUCAAGUGCAUGAGGAAAUUAAUAGUUUCUCUAGGUUUUACACCACACUUUUAGGAAGUAGCUUACUUUUUAAAAAAGAAAAUAGGUGACAAAGCUGAUUCUACUCCUCUGUUAACUUGUUUUUCAACUGCAGAUAUUUUUAGUACAUAGACCACAGAGGCGGAAUGGAGUCUGGACAGCUAGUUUUUUUUCCCAAUUCCUUGCUCUUUAAAACCAGCUGCUGAAAAUUUCAUGUCUUUGAUGUAUGUAUUUAUUAGUCUGUGAGCCAGUUUUUAACAUGCAGCUUUUAAUUCUGUUUUUAAAAAUACAUUUACCUCCCAUUUAUACCCAUUGUGAAGUCUUCAUUUUUUUUACCAUUGUAAACUGGAAACACCAAAAUAAUUAUUUGUAAGUUAAGAAGUUUAGUCUAUCACAUGCAGAAGCCUGUUUAGAAGUAGAUGAUUUGUGUAUCCCAGGAACUCAUCUGAAUACAAUCUUAACUGUAACAGCAAUGUAACAGCUUUAAAAAAAUCUGCUCAUUUUAAGGGCACCAAGCCUGAGUUGCCAAAACCAGUGACUACUUGUUGGGUAUUAAUUGCUCUCCUCUAGAAACUCUUGUAACAGAGAAACCAAUUCUUAAAACUUAUUUCCUGUGAGUUAUAUCUGCUUUCAGCCAAAUUGUUGUGUCUGAGAUUCCCUUUUGCCUUUGGGCUUUACGUGUGUGAUGGGCAUCAUGAAGCUAAUUAGGUAAGUUGCUCUCAAAUCUGUGUCCAUCUGUUCUGACUGUUCCUUUAACAAGUGUUUUUCCUGGAGGUGUGGACACUUGUGCUUUAUGUAAAAAUAUAAGAUGGAAGCAAGAUACUGAGGUUUGAUGAACUGCUGUGUAGGAGAAGCACCUCAGCCCCAGCACCCCUGGGGUCAGCAGGUCCUUGGGGUGCUGAAGACUUUGGCCAGAAGUGGGUUUACACCAGUCAUGAAUCCUAAGGCAUUUCUGCUUGAGUAGGAGCCUGUUCUCAGCUUUAAAGACCUGAAAAUCACUUGUGCAUGAGUUGGAGUCUCUGGGUUCAUGUCCUGGGAGGAAGACACUGAGGUGCAGACAGUGCAUUGGGGUGGUGCUGUGGAAGACAGCAAGCAUUCCUCUGGGAAGACAAGAGAGGCUGUGACCCAGGGCUCCCUCAGGGAAUUGAUGCUUCUGGAGGUUAUUGCCUUUUCCAGAUGCUGGGGAGGAUGCUGCAAUGGAAGAGCUGGAUUAAUUCACCUUGGUGGUGGCUUCAGUCACUUCAUUCAGCUUCUCAUUAAAGCUGAGAGCACUCCCGUGGCCUCUGCAGGCCAGCAGGGCUCUUGGAGUCAUCAUCCAACCCAGGUGCAGACCGACCUCUUCCAAAACCCUUCAGCUUCUCAUUAAAGCUGAGAGCACUCCCGUGGCCCCUGCAGGCCAGCAGGGCUCUUGGAGUCAUCAUCCAACCCAGGUGCAGACUGACCUCUUCCAAAACACAAAGGAAUUCAGUUACAUGUGGUCAGAUUCUGCAAGCUCUGGGGCACCAGUCUUGGGAUUGACCUUGUCUUGGUCACGCUGCAGAAGUUCUGUUUGGGGCUGUAACUGGGUGUGUGAACAUGUUUCUUUUUCUGAGGAAAAGGUGGUCAAGCUGUGUGUGUUUCCUUGGAGUCAUUGCUGCUCUCAGGUGAAAUACACAUUUUUAAGGGACUCAUUCAAAAGUUGGCAUCUCGCUGAUUUUUUUCGAGGACUAGGAAAGUAGUAGCUCAAACUAAUUUUUUUAAUUAAGUCAGAAAUAUGAACAAAAUAUUUAAAUAGUAUUAUAGACCUAGAUUUUUAGCUGUUGGAAUGAACUAUUAACAUUAAACUAUAAUGGAAAUAUAUUCCAUGACAGAAUCUUUUGACAAAGGAGUUGUGCCAGGUUAUUUGUGAGGAAAAAUUCUCUCGUUGGUAAUUCUGGGAUUUUUAAAAAGAAGCUGUCCAGGGUAGUCUGCAAUCCAUGUCUGUCUUGUGGGAGUCAAUAAAAACUGCUUGGCUUCCUUCAAUCCCUUGUUCCUUCUUGUGCAGCUCACAGUGGAAGGAAGUAGGGAGAGCUCCCUGGAAAUCAGUGUCACUGAGCAAGGAAGGGAUGGCCAUGUAGGUAAUCUCAAGUGAUUGUAAAAAAGAUCAGACACCUCAGCCUCUGGCAGCUGCCAGCUUUUGUAGGAAACCAGCUUUUGGAGACUGAGGGCUCUGGAAAACCUGGGCUGGGUAGGUGGGAGCUGGCCUGCACAGGGAGGCUGUACUGCUGCUCUGGGACAUGCUUCUAUUUCUUUAUUUUUAUUUUCCCCUUAUAUUUGAUUGAAUAUUUAUAUAAUUAUUUUGAUUGAAUAUUUGCAUAAUUGAGUAUUUGUCUCAGGAUCUUCAAAGGACUUAGAGUAACAACUUUAAUGUUGAUGAAUACUUGAAAUUGAAUUUAAGGUGUUUUUUUCUCCAGAUGGCAGUCUGGCUUGUAGUAAAGUUUUAUAGGUUAGGUAAAUAGAUAAUUUUAAAUAUAGAUGUUUAAAAGAAAAUAUGUAUAUAUGUAUAUGUUCUGCAGGAUCAUUUUAAGAAAAUCUGGGCCUAAAGGUUAACACUUGAAAUCUUGCUUAUGGCUGUGUACUCAGGACUGGUAAUAACUGUAGAUUAUUUACUGAUUGUGUGAGUGUUGUUGUGUAGGAGCUUGUUAGCAAUGGGGGUGUCCAGCUGACUCUGCCCCUGGAGCACCUGGUGAUGGGAACAGGGACUCUGCUGCCUUAGGGAUGUACAGCAGAGGGGUUUCUGUACAGCUGGCAAUUCCCAUUUUCUCCUUGUCUUGGAGAAAUCUCCUCAUGGCUGGUCACUGCACAGGAAGCUCUGGAACGGAAGGGUUUUGUGUGCAGUUCCUCUAAAUGUAAGAGAGCUAGCAGCUGAAAGGCUCAGGGUCAGGGACCUGGGGUUGCUUUUCAUCAGUCCAGCUCUGGAGAUGGGCUGGGAGAGCUGCAAUGUCUGUGCAGGCACAGUUUGGGUGAUGGGGAGUGGGGCUGGCCCAGCCUCAUCCUUAAUGGGCUACAGCUGUGCAGGACAGGUGAAUGCUGUUGAAGGGAACGAGCCAUGGAGUGCCCAGGGGCACUGACCAACCACCAAAGGGAACAGAGGGCACACAGGUGCAGGGCAUCAACAGGAGGGGAUAAAAGGCUGGGCUGAAGGACAAGGAGGGCAGAUGCUUGCAGCCUGCUGAGGUGUCCUGGUGUUACUGUGUGUGGGCAGUGCCUGAAGCCUUCAGAAGAGGUGAGGAGUUACUCUGAAGCUUUCUGAUUUUGUGUGGUGAUACUCUGUGUGUGGUGGCUGUCUCACUGUGACAUUGCUGUGGCAUAUGCUGAGACAGGGCUGUUCACCAAAAGACAAUCCCUGGGGAGGCCUUAGAGCACCUUCCAGUGCCUAGAGGGGCUCCAGGAGAGCUGGAGAGCACCUGGAGUGCCAGGGUAAUAGGUAUGGCUAUAAACUAAUGGAGGUUAGAUUUUUGACUGGAUGUUGGGAAGAAUUUUUUCCCUGUGAGGGUGGGGAGGCUCUAGCACAGGGUGCCCAGAGAAGCUGCCCAUCCCUGGAAGUGUUCAAGGUCAGAUUGGAUGGGGCUUGGAGCAGCCUGGGACAGUGAGACAUGUCUAUCCAUGGCAGGGGGCUGGAACUGGAUGAGCUGUAAGGUUCUUGCAAACCAUUCCAUGAUUUUGUCAUGCCCAGGAGUGCAUGUAGCCAAGGAAAACCCCACAACUCACUGUGCUCUCACUGCAAGUGUGCUCAAGUGAAAGCUGUUGGUUCUGAGUGUUUGGGAGCAUGAGGCAGAGCCUGUGUCAGAGAGUAGUGCUGCCUUUGGAAACCAAGCUCUGGUUUUAGAAGAAUUUCUAGCUAGGAAUUGAGAAUGUGUUCUAAGAACUGCUUAGUCAUGGUCACCACAUAAUUAAAAUGUUGAGUUUUUUAGAUAUCAGUUUAUAAAAAUAGUUUUAUGUCCAUUCCUUAAAUUAUUGUUUGGAAGGCUCAUGCUUGCAGAGAAGCUGCACUUUGAAUUCUUUCUAAUUUCAUAAUCAUUAACUGUCCACUGUGAAAAUUAUCCCAAAGUUUACUGAAAAGGAAGGAGAGCUGCAAUUCAGGUAGAGAGUCAGAACCAAAAUCUAUCAUGUUAUUUAAAACCUAAAACUCCACAGAAAAAAAUGUAUAAAAUAUAACUUCUGUCUCAGAAUCACUGCCUGGGUUUUGUUGGGUUUUUUUGUCCAUUUUAAAAUUUGUUUUCUAAUACAAAGUGUUUUCAGUUGAGCUUCACUGUUUCCACCUGGGCUUUGUGUGCUCCUGUUGGCAGAGGAGGUUGUGUUUAUCCUGGGGCUGGAGCUAGCAGAGGCACAGAGCUUUUUGUGUGUCCAUCUGAGGCUUUUGGGGCUCAUUGGGCCUGCUGCUCUUCCUUUGUGCAAACAGCUGGAGGAUUUGCAGCAAUUUUGGGUUGAUCCCUGUGGGAGAAGUUGUGUGGGUCUCUGGGCAGGCAGGCUUGGUGUUUGGAGCUGCAGGAUGGGGGGUUCAUCCCUAGGCAGGUGUUUGUCCCUAAAAUGGGAUGAACUCUGGCAGUUUUCCCUCCUCAGUGCAUCCACUGGCAUUGUGUGCUCGAGCCCAUACAGGGCUUCCCAUAAAACUGCUUUUCCUGGCAAUAAUGCAAACCAAUCAUCAGGGGCUGCAGGAACUGAGCUGGGGCUGGAGUCCUGGAGCUGGCAGGGCUGUGGGGCCCAGGGAGGGCACACAUUCCUUUUUGGAUCAUGUCCAUGUACUGUGUUUUUCUGCACCUUUCAGCCAAAGGCCUGUCCCACUACCUGCUAAUGAAUGGGCAGUUAAUUGCACCCACAGCAUUUGUGUUUGCAGCCAUGAGUUUUGUGGGUAGCUGUGCUUUGUUUUCUUCAGUCAUUCCAGAAGAGAGGAAUUGAGAGCUGUGUUUGCAGCCAGCCUCAGCAGACAGAGCAGUUUAAGUAAUACCUGUUCUCUGGAGGGGAAGCUCCACAGUUGGUGUCACUGCCGUGUUUUUAUGUUUGUAAUAUCUUCAUCGCUAUCAUACCAGUAUCAUUUCUGUUGCAGUUUGGCUGAGAUGUCCUCAACAGGUUUAAGAUGCAAUGUGUGUGUGUGUGUGAAUAUGUAUUUAUACAUCCCUGUGUAUAAUAUUGCUGUAUAUUAUUUGCAUUGAGCAGUUACUCUUCCCUGUGUGACAGUGCAAACACAUCAGCUUUACCUGCCUGGUGUAAGAUUAUUAAAGAACACUUUCAGAUACUGUCCUUGACACUUUCUCCAUUCAUGACCCCAAAUUUGAAGAGGAGACCUUGUUAUACCUCUGGUUUGUCACUUUCCUUCCAGCAUUUCUGUCCUCCUCCCAGUGUCACUGCUGAAGCACAACCCCUUGGUCGAUUAUUUUAAGCAAUGACUGUUUUGCAUACUACCUUGCUUUGUUUAAGUAAUGUUUGUACAGAGAUUUCAAAAUAUAAAGAGCUAUAUAAUUGCUAA